AUUAAAAUGCCAUUACCCACAAGUGCACAGUCUUCGUUUCACUUUCAAUCGGCAUUAGUCUUCUUCGUUUCUCUGUGAUUUACUGAGGCAAAUCGGCAUUACUCUGACAAUAGAAAUAGGCCCUUUCUCUUCUCUGUGAUUGACUGAGGCAAAUCGUUGCUUCAUAUAGCGAUUCAUCUCUCUAUACAGCGAUUAAUCUUCAAUUGGUAAUUGAUUCCCGGCACCGGCUGUAGCAAAGUGACAGACCUAUUCAAUCGGCGGUCCGGUAGUGCAGAGACGGCGGAGGAGCAGUAGGCGAUUGGUUCCUCAUUCCUUAAGUCUUCAAUUUUACCAGGACUAAACGAAAACGAUGAAGACGGUGGUUCUCUUCCUAGUUGUAGUGUUUGUUGUGGCAGCGGCAGCGGCAGCGGCGCGCACAUUGGCUGCCACGCCGUCCACCACAAUUGACAUAACUCACCGGUUAAUCGCGAGGAGAUUGCCGAACUAUGGCUCCCCCCGUGGUAUCCCGCCGUUUAUCGUCCCCCAGACAAGCAUCAACAGUGGGGAUGCAUUUAACAGCUUUAACUUUACGUUGAAUACGCAUUGGGGCACCCACGUGGAUGCCCCGGGGCACUUUAAUCAGACCCUUCUCGACUUGGGCUAUGAUGUUGACCACCUUGAUGUCACCACCUUAAGAGGCCCUUGUUUGGUGGUGGACAUCCCACGGGACAAAAACAUCACUGAGCAAGUGAUGAGGGAACUGGACAUCCCCCGUGGGGUGAAGAGAGUCCUGUUUAAGACUCUCAACACCGACCGGAGGUUGAUGCACCAAGCUGAGUUUGAUGGGAGCUACACGGCGUUUACCACGACCGGAGCUCGCUAUUUGGUCGACAACACGGACAUCAAGCUUGUGGGCAUUGAUUACCUCUCCAUAGGUAUUGGAGUGCAGGAUGAGGUGAUUGGGGUCCACCUCACCCUCUUGAACAUGAAGGACAUUAUUCCGGUGGAGGGGCUAAACCUGGACGAUGUGGUGCCGGGGAUAUACACGGUCAGGUGCCAUCCGUUGAGGUUUCCGGGCUUUGACGGGUCGCCGGCCAGGUGCAUUCUGCAGACCCUCGGAUCCUCAGCUCGUUGGUUGUCCCCCACUGGUUCUUUGGUUAUCCUAUUUUUCCACUUGAUUGUGUAUUUUUGUUUAUUAUCUUGAGUAUGGUGAUACUUGUAGUGGCAGUAGUUAGUUCAUUAAAACUGCACAAUUUUUAUGAAACAUUGUUUCUAGUAUUGCCUCCUAAUUACCGAUUGUGAAUCUUCAAUUUGCUCCUCUUCAUUUUGGUCAUUUCUUACGAGUUUGUUUGGAGGAUCAUUUGAUUGAAUAUCAUCUAUCUUUUUAGCACGUAUUUUUUUUCUACACUUUGUAACGACUUCUAGUUUUUUCAACAUUAAACUUUGAAAUCUAUC